AUGUCGAGCGGAACGAAGACCAAGGCUCGUCCGCAACAGUCGUGCCUGAAAUGUCGCGAGCGCAAAGUCAAGUGCGACCGCAACGUUCCCUGUGAAGCUUGUGUCAGCCGAGGCAUCGAGUCUGAAUGCAACUACCUGACGUCCGCCGAGGAUCGCGCGCACAUCAGCCAAGCCGAAAUUAUCGAGCGGCUGCGUCGUGAAGUCGCCCAACUGCGCGACGAACUUAGUCAAAAUCCCGUGCGAAGUCCAAAACCGGCUCACCGCGACCGAGUUUAUGCUCAGAAGAACAAGUCGGCAGGCUUGCGCGAGAGCUUCGCGGGAGGAUAUGAAGCUGCGAAUGCUGUCUCGCGGGCGCGCACUUCCGAGUCGAGAUCUGCGACCGGGUCGGCAGAGCCCUCAGACCUCGCCAGUUGGGCUGGCUCCUCAUCACCAUCCUCUCUAUCCACGACAACGGGAACUCACUCUGUCACCGUCACGAGUCCGGAAAGCACGGGGAGCGAAGGGAGUGCGAAUGGUCCUAGCUUUCUCCGUCAGCAGGCGUAUUCAGGGUCCGUGGACGUGCACCCGGGCGCAGUAGCCGAUGUCGAGAUGAUGGCCACAACUGAUGGUGCAGCUUUCAGUCACUAUUUCGGUGAUGAAUCAACAAUCCCACCAUACUUUUCAGAGUCCAUGUCACCGUUCGUGUCCAAAAUCCCCGAACAAAUACCGACGCAGCAUUAUUCCGUGCCCAUUGCGUAUCCAGCAAUCAACGAAGGACUUGCGGAGAGGCCUUCACUGGGUUUGUAUACAAACCAGGAUACUCCCGAGCACCGUCAUAGUGUGGCGUCAGCGCGCUUCGACGACCAUGCCUCCUACCAUGUCCAACAUGGCUUUCAAGACCCAUCUGCAUACGAUAUGACGGCCAUCAAUCAUCCUCCUAGCCAUCUCAUACCUGAUAUUAACCAUCAAACCUGGCAUCACGACCCGGGCGGUGCCCAAAUGCCAACCCAAAUAAUCUCACCUUCAACAACAGCACCAUUCCCGCUCAAUACACAUUUCAGCUCGGAAUACUAUUCUACAACCGACACUACAGCCACACCAACUCAGCCGAUGUCAAAUCAUUCACAUUCGCACCACACUUCCAGCCAUCCAGUGCAAUCAUACCCAUACACCUUUUCCCCCCACCCCACAGAAUACCAAUCCCGCGCAAUGAAUGCCAUACCGGAAUCGUGGAAAGGACCGGAUAAGCGACCGCUCCUCGAAGCACUGCUCGAAACCAUUUCCAGCUGCGACGAGGAACGAGUCGCUCAAGUGGUCGCCGUGAUUCGAGCAAGCAGUACCCCGGAGAACGCUGUGUCGGGUAUCUGUCGAAUCCUGGGAAUAAGUGGAGACUGGCCAGAACCCAUGGAGAUGAGGUGA